AUGUAAGUUAAUAAGUGCAUGUUCUGUGAUAAAUUGAACACUGAUGGAUCCUUUCAUUUAAUUCUCACAAGAGCACUUUAUUGUAAAUACUCUUAAUCAUAAAACUUUUAUUAUGAAAAAGACAUAAAUGAUAUUUUGGAUGACAAAUAGAUAAAAUCUACUAUUCGAUAUAAAGAUUAUGUUUAAUUGGAUGAGCAUACAGAGUUUAUGAGAAGGUAAUUAAAAUUUAUUAUAGUGAAAAAGAUUUUAUAGAUAUUUUGAAAGUGAUGAUAGAAUACCAGCUCUUUUAGAAUAUUAUAAGUUCCAUAUAAAUAUACCAAGAAACUUUCAUUGCAAAGUAAUUAAUAAAAGAAUGGAAAAAAAUAGAGAGAUAUAGUAUUGCAAAAUUAAAAUGGAAUUAGGAUUAUUUGAAGAGAUUAAAUAAUAAACACCAUCAAAGGUAAAGGACACUUCUGAAGAUUGUUCAGUUAGUUAACUUAAAUAUUUAUUGAGAGAUCUCAAAAUUGAAUCUACAUAAACUGACAUUUCAAAAAUUAGUAAUACAACUAUACUUAGAGAUUUAGUUCAAAUGAUUGGAGAUACAAAAGUUUAACCAAAACCUUUUUAAAUAUUUAAUUAGAAUAAAUAAAUUUAAAAAUAAUUAAAAAAUACAAUUGAAGCUUAAAGAUAAAUAUAUUAAAAUAAUAAAGGAACUCUUACAAAAACUAUAGAAAUGUAAAUUAGAUAAGCUCAAUAAUUAAAAUCUCCACCUUUAUCAUAACGAAUACCAAAACCAGCCUAAACAUCUAGAUAAACAUCUGCUUAGAAAUAAAGAUCUAAAAUUGAAAUUCCAAUUAAAACAAUAAAGAAACCACCUUAGUUAAAAUCAAGAUAAGCUUCUUUAGGUAAUAUUGAAAUGACUAAAUCUUGUUUAACAACUGCUAGAAAUACUCCUUAAUAGAAUGAAUUGUUAUUGGAGUUGGCAAAAAAAAUGUUUUCUACAAAAAUGACUUACAAUAAUAGUAAUUCAAAAAAGAAGAUUGCAAAUCAACAAUAAAAUAAUUUUUUUGUAAAAGGAAGAACAAGUUUGGCUAGUAGUUAGAAAAUCUUUGAAGAUCUUAAAAGUUCAAUGAGAAGUAUAAGAUCAAGACAUUUAACUCCUAGUUAAAUAUGUUCUUCAAAUCAUGGCACACCAAAAAUUAAAAAAAAAAUGAUUUUAAAGUGA